CGACAACAACCUCCGAGUGAGAGCUUCAGGCAGCUCAAUCACCUCUACACUACUCACCCCUUUCAUUUCAAACCACAUAGCCAUUCUCUACUUGGUGUUAAAGCCAAACCGCCAAAAUGUCCACCGACGACCUAAAAUCCCACGCCACGUCUGGCGCCCAUGACUUCUACGCCCUCCUCGACAUCUCACCCACAGUGGCCUCCACCGAAAUCCGCCGCGCAUACCGACGCACAGCCCUCAAAUACCAUCCGGAUAAGAUUACAAACCCGACGCAGGCAGACAUCGACAAGUUCCAUCUCCUCCAAAUCGCGAAUGAUGUUCUUUCUGACCCGACGGUGCGCCAGCUGUAUGACAAUGCGCGGGAGGCGCGGGAGCGCAAGAAGCGCGAGCUUGAUAUGAUGGACGCGGCGAAAAGGAAGAUGAAAGAGGAUUUGGAGGCGAGGGAGAGAGCUGGGGCUGCUGCUACUGCUGCUGGAGGUGUGGGUGCGCAGCGCGGGGUGAAGAGGGGUUGGGGCGCUAUGGGUGAUGACGAUGCGGAGGAGAAGCUUGCGCAGGAGAUUGAGAGGAUCGCGGAGGAUGGGAGGAGGAGGCGUAGGGAUGCGGAGGACAAGUUGAGGAAGGAGGUUGAGGAAGAUGAGAAGAGGUUGCGCGAGGAAGAAGAGGAGAAGCAGCGGGCUAAGGAUCGGAGUUCGAAGCGGGUUGAUCGAUCAAAUGAGGGUGGGAAGAAUGUCCCUGAGCAGGAGCGUGCGGUGAAGGUACGCUGGACUAGGGAGGGACGAGGCUUGGAUCUCGACAAGGAUCGCCUGACAGUGUUGUUUGCGCCAUUUGGUGCAAUUGAGAGCGUCCUUGUCUUGAAGGAUAGACGGCAACGUCUUGGGGAUAAGAAGGAGAAGAAGACUGUUGCGACAGGCGUGAUUGUCUUCGCCUCCAUUGUUAGUGCGCAUACCGCCGUGCUGGACAGCGAGAAAUUCAUGCACGAGAGCCUCUCCCGGACGGCCAGCGACUGGAACGUGAUCGACUCUGUCUUUUGGGCCACGGGAGAAAAACCAGACCUAUCAGGACAAGACACUGGCUCUGCAUCUCCGCCAAGUCAGGGACAAGCCGCUCCUUCACCGAAGGAGCAGGGUACAUCAGGCUCAGCCCCCAAACCCACUUUCAGUUUCGCAGGGCUCAAGGCUGCAGGAUCUGGCGGGCAGUCGGGGAAAGCGCCAUCUUUUGGUUCUUUCGCAUCAGCAGCAGGUGGUGCCAAAGCAGCGCCCCCUACUGAGUCGGCGAAUGGCGUAAAGACGCCCAGUUUGGAAGAAGUCACGCUGAUGCGAUUGAAGAAUGCGCAACGUGAAAAGGAGCGAAAAACGCUGGAGGAGCAACUGAAGAAAGAAGACGAAGCUGCAGAUGCAGCCGAGGAUGCUGCUGCCAGAAGCUAACUGUCUACAUAUUCAAGGACGAAGGCGUUCUAUGAUUUCUACAUGAUUUGCUUGAAGAUACCCUUGCAUAAUUCUCCUAGAGUUGCACUUAUUUUGCAUUGUGGCGUUAUACAAGUCUAGAAUAACUGUACAGUAGUAUACAAUAACGACCAUUGGACCAUUUCAUCGUUGAGCUCCUUCUUCCUCCAACUGCUCUACAUAAUCUUUCGCACGGUGGCCUUCGCGAUUAGUGUUGUUGGCUUUGGCACCGCCAGCCUCGAUAAAAUCUCUUGUCCAUGAUGGCACAAUCGGCUUGAUCUUCACCUCUCCGCUUUCCGGGGCGUCUGGUGUUUCCGAACCAUCCCAGGAGAUUUUAAACUCCUGGUCAGGGCUGAAUUGAGUCGCCUCGCCAGUAAGUGCGAUAUCAGUCAUCAUCUCCAAGCGACACAGCGCAAGUCCGAUAUUACCAAUACCUCCCAAAAACUUCCCGGCACUGCGGCCCUUACG